UUUCUUAGGUCAGUGGCAUUGACCAUAUAGCGCUUCUGGUGUCUACUCUGUGGAAAGAAAAAUGACUGGACCCAUCUCUCGUGGGAUUUUUGUGGUUUUCGAAGGAGCAGAUCGAGUGGGCAAGACAACGCAAGCGUUACUUCUAGCUAAAGCUUUGACAGAAAUAACACAUAAAGAGACUCUGUCUGUUAAAUUCCCAGACCGUGAUACUCCUUUGGGACAGCAAAUAGAUGCAUAUUUAAAUGGAAAAUGCGAUAUUGAUAGUCAUGCCUUACACCUGUUGUUCACUGCAAAUAGAUGGGAAAGACAAUCUGAAAUUCGUAAAGCUAUUUCCAAUGGGAUACCUGUUGUAGCAGAUAGAUAUAUAUAUUCUGGCAUUGCUUAUACAGCUGCUAAACCUCCACCAACACCAAAUUGGGAAUGGUGUUGUGAAAUGGAAAAAGGUCUUGUAGAACCGGACUUAGUGAUAUGUUUAACACCAGAUAAUCUAGAUGAAUUAAAUUCUCGUAAUGGUUAUGGAAAUGAACGUUACGAAAAAGAUGAUUUUCAAAUGCGUGUUCUUGAAAACUAUGUUCGAAUAUCAAAAGAUUUUAAAUUAGAUCAUAAAAAUGAGGACGAUGAAACUGAUGAUUCCAGUGGACGUUGGCAUUUUAUUCAAGCAACAAAUAAAACUACUGAAGAAGUACAUAAAUCUGUUAUGGUACUUGUUAAAUCUAAAUUGGAAUCAUUGAUUAGACCAGAAAUUCAUGAUUGUACAACGGCGAAAGUUUAAUGAAUUCCUUGUUAUUAUUUGUAAGAAGUUGCAUUUGAUAUUUCUUACUUUUGGCAUCAUUGUUCUUAUAAUAGAGCAAGGCUUUUCAAAACAUAGCUUUCAAUUUGUGCAAAUCUAACCGGUUCAUUCUAUUUUUGUUAUAACAUUAAUUAUUCUCGUUCGCUAAUACGAUUGUUCUACAUUAAAAAUGAGUAACAAAACCGUAAAUUUAUUUAUCAUGUAAAUUCUAUUGCUUGGAACGUGAUGCAUUAAAAAUGUUGAAUAUAAAAAUUGCCAGUUA